AUGGACACUCGCACGACUAAAGGAGAUACAAGCACAUUGACUGCACGGUUGGUGCGGUGGCUGGGCAACAAGAUGCCGUGCAACGUGUCGCGGACUCGAUUCUCCCACAGUAGUUCUGUGUUACAGACACAGAAAGUAGACAAAGUUUUCCGAACAAAAUCGGAAGCCAUAUCUCUAUUGCCAAGAUCGCACAAGGUUCAUAAUAUGAUAAAACAUUUUGGUGAAAAAUCAUUAAAACCGAGAGUUGGCUAUGAAAAUUCUAAAAGAAACGAAAAUCUGUACAUGAGAAAAUCGCAAGAGCGUAACAUACCAAUUUAUAUCCUUACCAGAUCGAAGCCAAUCAAAAGAAAGGAUACGCCAAACUACGAAAAGCUUUAUGACGAAAAAUGGAAUAUGUAUGUUGUCGAUCCUGGGGAAUAUCAGGGUCAUUCAACGGAGUACAAAGCGGAUCGUCGCUUCAAUGCGAAGAAACACAAACUUAAAGCAAUGGAUAUCAUCAACAAACAACUCAACAAGAAGUUGAUAGCACGAUCCAAUUUCAAACCUAAAACUUCCCGACGGCAUGCUUACGAUACACCGAUUGCUUACCUGGACACCCGCAACACCAAAAGAGUUAAGAAUGCGUUCCGGCCUUUUGGGGAUAGGGGUUGCGGAUAUAAGGAUCGGGAAGAGAUAGGGAAAGGGAAGGGAUUGGGCCUCCGGUAA